AUGCCUCUUUUUGAUGGUGUUGAAGUGAAAUACUUCCACAGCCCAGUGUUCAUGGCUGGUUCAGAGUACUGGCUCUCCUCCUCCAGGUCUACCGGGAGACACGAGCUGCCAGAAAUCCAAGCUGGUUUCAAAUGGCUUGGCAGCCUCACCAACCUUUCUUUUCGCCGCUCCACUGACAAAUCAGACUCCAAGUCCUCCAAGUCAGGAGCAGGAGCUGAGCAUGAAGAUGGUUCUGAAGCCACAGCAGCCAUGGCUCCAAUUGUUGAGACAUCAAUGGAUGACAUGGAUGCCAUGCGCCCUCGGACUGCCAGCUAUGUUCGCUCUAGUGAGAAUUAUAGUCACAUGGGCACCUUGCCACGGCUACUGAGUAUGAAGAGGGACAAGAGUACCAAAGGAGGCUCCAGCAGCAGCAAGAAGAGUAAAGACAAGAGGAGCAUCAGCAGAAGUCAAAGCCAGCGACCUGCUGGGGACAAAGACUGCGGGCCCCAAAGGCUCACAGCUGUUUUAUCCAAGGUGGCUGAAGAUAAGGCUACAGUGGAAGCGGAUGCUGGGCUCAAACAAGACUCCCUAAGUGAACCCAAGAGCCAGCAUGAACCUGCAAGUGAUAUCACAAGCACUGAAAACACCUCCUCUGGGCCCACAUCUGACUGUGAACAUGUGUCGCCAUCUGGUGGCUCAAGCACUGACAAGCAGGACAUCACCCAGGCAGGUGCAGAUUUGACUACAGACUCAGGACCUGAACCCCUGAAAGAAGAGUCAUCCCCUCCACUCGACCAGGGGAACGAGCAGACCCGGCAGAAAGGAGAAAACAACGAAAACCAAAACUCUGACAGCAUUUCCAGCCACAUGGAGCCAGCAGAGAACCAGCCAGAAUAUGUUCAGGUAAGUCUGCAAUCACAUCCAACAAUGUUGUCUUUUUUAAAUAUAACUCCAAACUUUUAG